AUCUCCCCUAAUGCGGAAAUAGAAAAGGGGGAUUCCUGGUGCAGGUCAGCUUGGCGCUGUCGCUUUGACAGACAACCACAUCAGAAGAAUGUCACAACUACCGAUGGGAAAUUAAUUUAAUCAGAUUUGAAUAGAAAUACAACCUGGAAGUGGUGUUAGUUGCGGAAAAUACGCUUUGGUCUGCCACAGUCAACCCAGAGCGAAAUUAGCGAACACCAACUAGCUCUUACGUAUACAGAUAAAAGGAGGAGCAUGGUACAGCCCCAGACAGACACCUGGGAUAUGGCCGGGGACGAGGGAGGCGGGGCUCUCCGGGUUCCACCUGAGCUGGCAGCCAAUGAGGUGGUGACCAGACUACUGGGAGACAACCAGCAGCUCCGAGAGGCGCUGCAGCGCAGCAACCAGGCCCUGCGUCAGCGCUGCGAGGAGAUGGAGAAAUGGCAGCGAAGGUCUAGAGAAGAGAGAGACUUCCUCAGCUGUCGUUUCCAGGAGGCCCGGGCGCUAGUGGAGAGACUGGCCAGGGAGAACCAUAGCCUCACCAGCCUGGCCAGCCCCUCCAACCCCGGAGACAACCAAGGCCUGCUGGUCAACGGCCCCAGUUUCAGCCAGGACUCCUGCCCCAACUCCACCAACUGCAGCUCCAAUGGGGGUCCUGGGAGGGGAGGGGAGCAGGAGAAGAGCUCAGAGACCAACGGAACCAUGGCAUCCUCACUGCCCUCAGAACGAGGGAAUGGGUUUCUCCAGCUGCUGAAGAGCCACAAAGAGAAGUUGGAAGAAGGGAUGAGAGAUCUGAGGUUGAGGAAUGAAGAGCUGGAGAAAGAGAGGGAUGAGGGAAAGCGGGAGAGAGACUGCCUUCGUCGCUCAGUUGAGGAACUCGAAACCAAGCUGGUUCAGGCGCAGAGCUGUGGUGUUACCGAGGAAACGGUUCAGCAUUCCGAAGCCCCUCCCCCAUCUGACAGCUCCCACCUGGCUAAACUCACAGAGCAGCUACAAGCCACACAGUGCAGGUACAGGGAGCUGCAGGAGCAGUUAGAUUCCCUCCAGAAGAGUUCAGCUCAGAGAGACAGAACUGAAGUGCUGCUUAAACAGAAAGACAAGGACUGUACCCAGCUGGCUAAGGAUGGCGAGGCGCUGAAGGCCCAGGUGACGUCUCUUCUGGGUGAGCUGAGAGAGAGACAGAGCUGUCUGGACCAGAGUCAGCAGGACCGCAACAUACUGGACGACAAGCUGAGCAGUACUCGGGAGGCGUUGGCAGUAUCAGAGAGAGAGCUGGAACAACAGAGGAAGCAGCACUCUGUGACUGUAGACAAACUACUGCUGCAGACACAGAACCUGGAGACCGCCCUGAAGACUGACCGCCUGGUUAUUACUGAGGAGAGGAGGAAGCUUGCCCAGCUGCAGCACGCCUACACCUGUCUGUUUAAGGACUACGACUCCAAACUCAAGACUGAGGGAGGAGACAUGGUUGUUCGUCUGGAGGAGGCAGAGAGAGCUCUGGCUCUGAAACAGGAUCUGAUCGACAAGCUGAAGGAAGAGGUGGAGCAACAGAGAGGAUCUCUUGAGACCGUUCCUGUUCUCACUGCCCAGGCUGAGAUCUACAAGGCAGACUUCCUAGCGGAGGCUGAGGAGGCCAGAGAGAAGUUGAACCAGAGGAAGGAGGAGCUUCAGGACCAGCUGAACAAAGCAUUGGCUGAGAUGGAGCGUCUGAAACAGGAGGGGACCUCACGGGCUCGUAUGGAGGAGAUGCAGCAGAGACACCUGGAGGACUUCAUACCACGACCCAACAUCCCCCCACAACAAGUAUUUAACACGGUUCCUCCCCCUUCCUCCUUCCGCAGCGUGGGAUUGGCUGCCGGAGUGGCAGGGGGUGUCUCUGGAGGCGGGGCUGAAGAGCUUCCUGACUACCGCUGUCCAAAGUGCCAGUACCAAGCCCCCGACAUGGACACACUGCAGAUACAUGUCAUGGACUGUAUCCAGUAACA